UAGAAGGGCAUUUGAUAGGAACUAACUUUUUUUUACCAGUCUGAACCCUGAACUUUGUCAACAUUGUUUAUAAAGAACAGUAUCUGCUGCGGAUUGAUAAUUGUGAGUAGGUGCUUUCAUUGGUAUAGGAAGCAAUCCCCUUGACCUUCAGGAGAGAAGAAGGUAUAAAAACCAAAGUAUUUUUCUUGGCCAACUGUUUGUGCGGCUGUCAAAUUUCUUAGUGUCUGAGGAGGACACCUUUUGGGGAAAUUUUGUGAGAAAAUGGCAACUUUAAGCGAAAAAAAGACCUGCAGCGAACGGAUGGAAAAUUUCCGGCGUUUCAUCUGGAAUCCAGAAACAAAGCAGUUUAUGGGAAGGACCUUAAUUAACUGGGUGUGGAUCAGCCUGUACUACCUUGCUUUCUACGUGGUGAUGACGGGGCUGUUCUCGCUUUCCCUGUACUCCUUAAUGCGGACGCUGAAUCCGUACGAGCCGGAUUAUCAAGACCAGCUGAAGUCCCCAGGUGUCACAUUACGGCCCGAUGUUUUCGGGGAGAGAGGAUUACAGAUCUAUUACAAUGUAUCCGACAACAAAACCUGGGAUGGAUUCAUCACAACUCUUCAGACUUUUCUAACAGCAUAUACGCCAGCUGCUCAGCAUCUGAACAUCAACUGCACGAGUGACACAUACUUCAUCCAGGACACCUUUGAUGGCCCAAACAAAACAAAACUGUCUUGCAAAUUCACAUCAGAUAUGCUUCAAAACUGCUCUGGCCUCACAGAUCCCACUUUUGGAUUUCCAGAAGGAAAACCCUGUUUAAUUAUAAAAAUGAACAGGAUUAUCAAGUUUUACCCCGGCAAUGGCACUGCACCAAGAGUGGACUGCACCUAUGUAGGUGAUGAUUCUCGCCCACUCGAAGUAGACUACUACCCCGUGAAUGGUACCUUUAACCUGCACUACUUCCCUUAUUAUGGAAAAAAGGCACAGCCCACCUACACUAAUCCUUUGGUAGCUGUGAAACUUCUCAACAUUACAAGGAAUGAAGAAUUUAAAAUAGUGUGCAGAGUGGUUGGAACUGGAAUUAUCUCCGAUAAUGUUCAUGAUCCAUAUGAAGGAAAAGUGGAAUUUAGACUCAAAAUAGAUGACUAAGCAGCAAUAUUAACAGAGACAUUUCUGAAAAACUUGUGUGAUGUGAGACUUACCCAUUAUCACUUUCAUAUUUAUUUUCUCACCAUGAUUUCCAUAUAAAUUUAAAAUUACAGUGAAAUUAAAUUAAAUUACAGUGAAAGAAGACAGAUCUGAAAAAUCAUCCAUAUAGCUAAAAAUCAAGAUACCACUUCCAGUGUGUGAAGAAGAUAGCAAUUAACCUGAUGUACAUAGCUUAUCAUUCCAUGGCUACCAUAUGCUGAUGCCUUCAUGUAAAUAUUUGCAUAAAACAAGUUUCCUCUCAGCUGAGCAGCUAUUACUUCAAAGAAAACAAGUAUAGUAUCAAAACUUCAUAGUACCAAAACUAACAUUUCAAAGCAUAAUAAAUAAUUGAUGUAUAAUACUAAAUUUUGGGCAUUGUAGAAAUAAUUAGAUAGGUAGAAAAAGAAAUCAAUUCAAUAGUUUGAAAUACUAGCAGGCAAUAGAAUUUCAUUCUGCAUUAGAGCUCAAUGUCUCAUAUAGAAUGUAUAAAUUACAGAAGUGUAUUAAAAUUAUCUGUAUC